CUCCUCGACCAGGCUUGUCCUCGCCCACUUAUACUCCUGACACAAAACAGACACCUGGCCUCUUCCACUUCUUGUCACUGGAGUGCACACUCUGGAUCUUCGCUUGGAUGAACAGGACACCGUGACCUUUGUCCAUCAACUCGCCCUCGACGGGAACUCUCCAGUGAUUUCUAUGAUUGCCACAUCCUUUGACAGGCUUUGUUACUACACAACACGAUUCUAUCAAACACUACACGAAUAAAAAUGGAAAACUUGAUGUCCCCGAUGGAAAUGCUUCGGGACACCACUCCCAUGGAUGUCCCCCAACUCACCAUCUCACCGGCAGACACAUCGUUAGAUGCAUCGCCGCCGGCCGAGGUCAAGGUGGAAGAAACCAAGACGGAAGAGAAGAAGCCUGUCAAGAAGCGAAAGUCAUGGGGCCAGGAACUUCCCACCCCAAAGACCAACCUUCCCCCUCGGAAAAGGGCAAAGACUGAAGACGAAAAAGAACAACGCCGUAUUGAGCGUGUCCUCCGAAACAGAGCAGCAGCACAAACAUCCCGAGAACGGAAACGUCUCGAGGUGGAGAAAUUAGAAGGCGAGAAACAACGAAUGGAACAACAAAAUCAGUUCUUGUUGCAGCGACUCGCGCAGAUGGAGGCGGAGAACAACCGCCUGAAUCGCCAAGUCGCGCAACUAUCAGCUGAGAUCCGUGGUUCUCGCGGCACGACUCCCAUGACCACUAUCGAUACCGCCUCUCCCACACUUACUCCUACCUUGUUCAAACAAGAGGGAGAAGACUUCACCAUGGACAAGAUUCCAUUCCCUACUCCAUCAAUAUCCGACUACUCCCCAAGCCUCAAGCUAGAAGAUCUGGCUGAAUCCUCCGACAUGACACAACAUCCUGCAGCGGUGUUGUGCGACCUGCAGUGUCAGUCGAAGGAAUCGAAGGAUCUUCCGCUGCCAACCCACUCUUCGUUGAAAGCAUUUCAAAUGGUGCUACUACAGCUCCUCUUUCUGACGAUGACUUCCGCCGCCUAUUCAACAGUGAUUCUCCCUCUGAGUCAGAUUCUGAACUCCAUGAAAGCGGGCUCCCCUUUGACCUUUUCGACGGAGGAGACGUAUCGGCAUUUGCCUUUGAUUCAUUGGUUGAUUUCGACCCCGACCCUGUCGUCGUCGUCGACGAGGUCCUCGACUCCUCGAUCGGUUUUUCGAAUGAGAGUGCUCACCAGACUUCUGGCGUGCAGCCCAGCCUUGGCGCGUCCACUUCGCGAUGCGACGGGCAAAGCAUUGCAGCUAGCGGUUGAAGCAGCAACUCUUCGUCAAACCCGGUCGGAGGUUGGUGAUGUUGUUGAGACGACCACACCCAGUUGGGAAUCGUUACUAACCAUGGCAUGGGCCAUUGAUUCGAUUCGUUUGGGCCGUUAUAAAGUCACCAGAGCGGGGCGAGACAAGAGGGUGCUUAAAUCGCAGCACAAAAUAAUGAAACGAACCAGCAUGCGGAGUUUUCGGAGUUAUGGGAAAUGGGCUAGUUCUGAAGCCAGUUAG